UCAACUUGUUUUGUUACUGAUAGCAGAGGCAGCCGUCGUAUUAAUUGUCCCAUGCACUUUGAUACCCUUUGAUACUAUUAUCACUUGAUAACUUUCAUAUGCUAAAGACUUUCUCACUUACUAAUAACAACAAAAUCAACUUAAAUACUGCCAUGUUCUGGAUUUUGGUUUUACUACUAGGCGUACUACCGUCAACACUUCAGCACGAAGAGUACGGCAAAUUUAGUUACGCUAAUAACAUUCUUUCCUUUCAAGAGGUGAGCACCACCGAUGGCGUAUCCGAAAUCGUGCAUGAAGAAGAUGGACUUGAUCCAAAACCUCCCAGCAUCUUCGAGCGAACUUCAAUUUCAAAGGUGUUUUUGUUGAAUCGCAACUUGACAGCAAUUCAAGAAGGUACUUUCAAUGGAUUUGGUUCGUUAAAAGUUCUUAAUCUCGAUGAGAAUUUAAUCAGCCAUAUUCCUGAACGUGUGUUUGAUGGCCUGGACAGCUUGAUGGUCAUCAGUUUCAAACGGAACCAACUCGAACAGUUUAAGAUCGUUUCGAGUUCCGUCAGGUCGCUACAUUUGAGCAAAAAUCUACUUAAAAAGGUAACUAACGAAAUGUUUGCUAACACACCCAGUAUCGAGAUAUUGAAUUUACACGGAAACAUUUUGGAGGAACUAGAACCACUUGCAUUCUCGAGCUUAGGCGACUUAAAAUCACUUACUCUAAGCAACAAUCGCAUCAAAACACUGCCCGACGACAUUUUCGUGCAUUGCCCAGAAAUCGUCAACCUUUACCUCGAAGAUAACCAAUUGAAAGCGUUAGGUGGAAGCUUUCAACCACUGAAACACUUAAUUACGCUGUUCCUACAAAACAACAAAAUCGCUGAAGUUGACUCGAGGGCUUUCCACAACUUAAAAGACCUAAACACUCUGGACCUUAGUAACAACUCGCUCGUAACCCUUCACGAGGCCGUGUUUAAGCAUCUCGAUCAAUUGGGCGAGCUUCUAUUGCAAAAUAAUCAAAUUGAAGACUUACCCGAUGCAAUUUUUGGCGAUUUGAGUAAACUUAGCCGUUUACUGUUGAAUGGAAACAAGAUCACCUCACUCCAAGCCGACAUCUUUCAAGGCUUAAGAGAGCUGCGAAAUCUCAAGUUGGGAAACAAUCAGAUAAGGUCAUUGGUUAAGGGCAGUUUUACCGGAUUGGACCGUUGUUACGAUCUGGAUUUGACGAAGAAUAACCUUUCGCGCUUAAAAACCGAUGUCUUUACCGGUCUGAAGAGUUUGGAGCAACUCAUCUUAAAUGAAAACGAAUUGAGCGAGGUCGACGUUGGUGCCUUUAAUGGUUUAGAUUUGCUUUACAUUAUCAGUUUGGAAAACGCCAAAAUACAGACUCUUGAUGCUUUGGCCGAGAUGGGAGGUCUUCAGAUUAUAGCCCUUCGGGGUACGAAAUUUCAAAACGAUACAGAAUUACGCGUAGGUAGUAAGCUGUAUAAAGUUAAUACUUAUCAAACUUGGGUGCUAGCAUGAAUAAAUUUUCUUUUCUAA